AUGGUUGUGCUAUGUGAAAACUAUGGAUUUUCCACUUCAUGCCUUGAUGAACUGGCCAAGAUCACUCAGUAUAUUGACAACAAAAAAAGUAAUGUAGCUGCAAUUUUCUAUAAAGUGGAACCAUCAUAUAUACGGAAUCAAAAACUUUCGUAUGAAGUAGCUAUGGAUGAACAUGAAAAGAGAUAUGGAAAAGAGUCGGAGAAGAUUAGAACAUGGAGAAAUGCUUUGACUAGAGUUUGUGAUCUAAGUGGAGUGCAUUACAAAGAUAGUGUGUAUGAAUCUGAGAUCAUAGAGAAGAUAGUUAAAUACAUAUCGACUAAAGUAGCUCCUGCACCUGUGCAAUUGAAACACAUGGUUGAACUUGAUACUCGUUUUAAAGAACUGAAAUCAGUUUUACAUGUUGAGUGUAAUGAUACUGUUCGAAUGUUGGGAAUUUAUGGAGCUGGUGGAAUAGGAAAAACCACAUUUGCAGCUUAUUUAUAUGACAAGAUCAGACAUCAUUUUGAAUCGUCAACUUUUCUUCUUAAUGUCAGAGAAAAAUCAGACAAAGGCAUCAAAGGCCUAGAAGAUCUCCAAAAGACACUUCUAUGUCAGAUGGGUGAAGAUAUUGGAACAAUGACUUGCAAGAGAAGAGUUCUUCUGGUUUUGGAUGAUAUUGAUAGCAUAGAAAAAUUGAACUUAUUGGCUGGAGGACGUGAUUGGUUUGGUUCUGGUAGUAGGAUCAUAAUAACAACAAGGGAUGAAACUGUGUUAGAUUAUCAUGAUGCUGAAAUUGAGAAAUUUAAAAUGGAGGCACUAAAUGAUUGUGACUCACUCGAACUCUUUUGUUGGAAUGCCUUUGGUGUUAACAGACCUACCAGAAAAAUUUGA